AAAACUAGUGCCAAAUGCACUGUUGUUCCGAGUUGUGCUAACGUAGAAUUUUUGUUAUUGUCGCGAAAAUGUUCUGCGUGUGCCAUUUUUUUAAUUGAAUUUUUAAUUAAAUCACCUUAAAGGUAACGGUUUGCGUGGAACAGCCUGUAUAUCAUUCUUCUCAAAUCGUUGAACAUUUGGAAUUUCCAAAAUAACAAGAUUAACCACAAACUGUCAUUUAUAUUUUGACGGCCAAAAUGACUUAUUACUGAAUGUCAGUUUUUGAGGUCUCCAAAUACAUAGAGUUUGCAACACGUUACACCUCUAAAGCCCACCUCGCCCAUUUAACGAUCAAGAAAUGUAAUCAAGCACUAAUAAAGGGUGGUCGAUGGCAGGGCCGUUACAGUCGGCUGGCAUACGUGCUUGCCGCCUUUAUUCCCCAUCACCUCGCCGACGGCAACGACGCUUCAAAGGACGUCACACACUAUUACCUAUAAUUCCCUAGUCGAUUAUUUCUUAAUUAUAUGUACUUAUUAUUACUAACGAAUUUUUACUACCUCUGCAAUAUUGUAUAAAUAUUUAUAAGAAUUUAAUAUUCACUUUUUACGUACAAUUUAAGAGUAACUUAAUAAUACGUGGCCUUAUUAUAUUUAAAAAAAAAAAGCAAAAAUAAGAGACAAGUGGCCUUAUGUUUACAUUUCAAGUCGUAUCGUAUAGAUAUAUUUUAGAAAAGUACCUGUAAUUAAUUAACAAAACAAAGAAUCCCUAACUCCCAACACUCACCCUAAUCAUGGUUAAAAGUUCGAUCAGAAGUAGCAGAACACGCAGUUUAGGUGUUGUACUCUACUCGCAUACUACAUGAUAGAGAGGACUCCGCGCUUAUUUGUACCAUGUCUCCCUAAACCUCCAUACGAACUUAUGAAAUUACAAACUAGCAAAUGGAGUACGAGCUGGAAGUGUUUGAGGUAUAUGACGAUUGCGAGCAGGGCUCAAAUAAGAAACAAAAGAAGCACACACGCAAAAAGUGCAAACAAAAAAGUACAUUAGCGACUAGCGAUAGUGAUAAUGAUGAAAUUAAUAGAUCUAAAUCUAGUGUAGUUAGUAACGAAUCCCGACGUAGGCCAACAAUUACAUUGCCGCAGUCUCUGCUGAACGUAUUUAGUAAAAUUGUAAUUUGGAAAAAUCAACGUAAAUAUCACACCACAGUUCCUGACAAACCCGACUCUCCACAUACAUCCAAAGACACACGCAGAAGUCAUGUAUCAUUCGAUAAUCAAAGAAGAAUACACGCGAAUGAUAGAGCAUUCAAUGCUCAGUUUCGUUAUGCAAACAAUUACAUUAAGACUUCGAAGUACACCAUAUUAACGUUCCUGCCUCUAAAUCUGUUUGAACAAUUUCAACGUUUGGCAAACUUCUAUUUCCUGUGCCUUCUCGUAUUACAAAUGAUCCCAGCUAUAAGCAGUCUGACACCGGUUACCACAGCUCUACCCUUAAUCGGUGUGUUGGGUCUCACUGCCAUUAAAGACGCCUACGAUGAUUUUCAACGUCACAUGUCCGACUCGCAUGUCAAUAAUCGUAAAUCGCAAGCCGUACGAAACGGCAGGCUUAUACAGGAGAGAUGGUCCGCCGUCCAAGUCGGAGACGUCAUUCGAAUGGAUAACGAUCAAUUCGUCGCCGCAGAUAUCUUGUUACUUACUACUAGCGAACCAAACGGACUGUGUUACAUCGAAACGGCAGAGUUGGACGGUGAAACCAACCUGAAAUGUCGACAGUGUCUGCCGGAAACGGCGGAAAUGGGUCAAGACGACGCACUAAUAAGCGAAUUUGACGGAGAAAUAAUUUGCGAGAUGCCUAAUAAUUUGCUAAAUAAAUUCGAGGGACAAUUAAUGUGGAAGAAUAAACAAUAUCCGCUUGAUAACGAUAAGAUUCUGCUACGAGGGUGUGUUUUACGCAACACGCAUUGGUGCUACGGUGUUGUGGUCUUUGCUGGCAAAGACACAAAAUUGAUGCAAAAUAGCGGCAAGACCAAAUUUAAACGCACUAGUAUAGAUAGACUACUUAAUUUCUUAAUUAUAGGGAUAGUAUUUUUUUUAUUAUCUGUGUGCCUUUUCUGUAUGGUGGCAUGCGGUAUUUGGGAGUCCUUGGUGGGACAAUACUUUCAAACAUUCCUACCAUGGGACACGCUCGUGCCUUCGGAACCUUUAGGUGGCGCCACCAUUACUGCUCUACUUGUGUUCUUUUCAUAUGCCAUUGUGCUAAAUACGGUGGUGCCAAUAUCACUUUACGUGUCUGUUGAAGUUAUACGUUUUGCACAAAGCUUUCUCAUUAAUUGGGACGAACAGAUGCAUUAUGAUAAGAACGGGACAUCCGCUAAGUCUCGCACCACCACACUUAACGAGGAACUGGGUCAAGUCGAGUACAUAUUUUCUGACAAAACCGGAACACUCACCCAAAAUAUAAUGACCUUUAACAAAUGCUCGAUCGCUGGACGAUCGUACGGCGACGUCGUGGAUAAGCAAACCGGCGAAGUUAUCGAAAUCAGCGACCAUUUGGAUUCUUUAGAUUUUUCUUUUAAUCCAAACUACGAACCCGAAUUUAAAUUUUACGACAAGACAUUAUUGGAAGCCGUACAAAAAAACGACGUCGAGUGUCACGACUUUUUUCGUCUUUUGGCCUUAUGCCACACGGUCAUGUCCGAUGAUCGAGACGGACAUCUCGAAUAUCAGGCCCAGUCGCCCGACGAGGCCGCCCUGGUAUCCGCGGCGAGGAAUUUUGGCUUCGUUUUUAAGGAGAGAACGCCGAACAGUAUUACAAUCGAGGCCAUCGGCCAAACGGAAGUGUACGAGCUCCUGUGUAUAUUGGACUUUAAUAACGUACGCAAACGUAUGUCCGUCAUUUUGAGAAGGGACGGGCAUAUACGAUUAUAUUGUAAAGGGGCGGAUAAUGUAAUUUAUGAAAGGUUAAAACCUGGUAAUGAUGAUAUGAAGCAAAGGACUCAAGAACACUUAAAUAAAUUUGCCGGUGAAGGACUAAGAACUUUAUGUUGUGCCUAUCGUGACGUUGACGAAACCUUUUUCAACAAAUGGAAGCAAAAGCAUCAGGAGGCUGCGUUAUCGCUAGACUCUCGUGAUGAACUGUUAGAUGCCAUUUACGAAGAAAUCGAAAAGGACAUGCUACUAGUAGGCGUUACGGCGAUUGAGGAUAAACUUCAAGAUGGCGUACCUCAGGCCAUAGCUAAUUUAAUGCUCGCGGGUAUGAAAAUUUGGGUCCUCACCGGUGAUAAACAAGAAACUGCCAUUAACAUUGGAUACUCCUGUCAACUGUUGACCGACGAAAUGGUCGAUCUGUUCAUAGUUGACGCGUCUACAUUUGACGAAGUCCAGCAACAGCUACUAAAGUUUCGAGAUAACAUAAAAAUCGUGAAUACAUUUCAUCCCCGGCCGGACACCAACCAGCUAGGUUCCAACGGUGUGGUAGAUAUCUCGGAUCACUCCCUUGGGACGUCAACGCCUCCUCAACCUUCUAAUGUUCCCGCAGUAAGCGUCGUCACAUUCAGGUGGGAUGAUGCUGACACCUUAGAAAAGCAUCAGAAACAGAGAGCAAGUACUAGUUUAAUGUACAACAGUGGAUCUUUCGAAGGAGUGUCCGAUGAUAAUUGCGCAGGUUUCGCUAUAGUUAUAAAUGGGCAUUCUUUGGUGCACUGUUUGCAUCCCCAAAUGGAAAAGCUAUUUCUAGAUGUUGUGUUGCAAUGCAAAUCGGUUAUAUGUUGCCGAGCGACCCCUUUACAAAAAGCACUUGUCGUUGAGCUUAUUAAAAAUAACAGGCAUGCAGUUACGCUUGCGAUUGGAGAUGGCGCUAACGACGUUUCCAUGAUUAAAGCUGCACAUAUCGGUGUCGGAAUAUCUGGUGAAGAAGGAAUGCAAGCUGUACUGGCAUCCGAUUAUUCAAUUGCGCAGUUUCGUUUUUUGGAAAGACUGCUAUUGGUUCACGGCCGAUGGUCAUACUAUAGAAUGUGUAAUUUUUUACGGUAUUUUUUUAACAAGAACUUCGGAUUUACCUUAUGCCACCUGUGGUACGCAUUUUUUUGUGGCUUUAGUGCGCAAACCGUUUUUGAUCCCAUGUAUAUUUCCGUAUACAACCUUUUUUAUACAUCUUUACCAGUGUUAGCCGUUGGAAUUUUUGACCAAGAUGUUAAUGACAAAAAUUCAAUACUCUAUCCCCAACUGUAUAAACCAGGACACUACAAUUUAUUUUUUAACAAGAAGGAGUUUUUUCGAAGUGCAUUACAAGGCUGUUAUAUUUCUUUAGUAUUAUUUUUUAUACCGUUUGGAACGUAUUACGAUGCAUUAAGUCCAAACGGUCUUGUACUUUCAGAUUAUAUGCUACUGUGUAGUGCAGUAGCUACGAUACUUGUGAUUGUUAAUACGGCGCAGAUUGCUUUGGAUACAUCUUAUUGGACAGUAUUUAAUCACAUAACAACGUGGGGUUCACUAGCAUUUUAUUUUAUAAUGGACUAUUUUUAUAAUUACAUAAUGGGCGGUAUAUACGUCGGGUCAUUAACAAAAGCUAUAACAGAAGCGACAUUCUGGUUCACGACUGUCCUUACCGUCACAAUAUCAAUAGUGCCUGUAUUGGCCUGGCGUUUUUACUUCACCGACAUAUUUCCGACUUUAUCCGAUCGCGUACGUCUGAAACAGCGUAUGGCGCAGAUGAGGUCGAGACAUAGUCAGGACGUUUUACGUACACCGUCGGCGAGAAGAGCGAGGCGAUCUAUUCGAUCCGGCUAUGCGUUCGCGCAUCAGGAGGGAUUCGGUCGUCUCAUCACUUCUGGUAAAAUCAUGAAGAAACUACCGACGCCCGAUUUUACAUUUCAAUUACCCGGCAUUGGGAAAUUCAACAUAAACUCCAAUGGUAAUCAGGUUAGUAAGAACGCUGCCCCCCCUACCACCCCAUCCCAAGAUAGUAAUAGCAGUGCCAGAGCUCCAAUACAAGAUUUGGAUACCAUAAACUUAUAAAUUAAGCAAGAGUACUUCAAGCUUUUAUUACUUUUCAUUAUUUAAUUAAAAAAUCAUUGUUAGACAUUUCGCACAUCCCUUUUUCGGUUUCAUUGGAAGAAGUACCAUUCUGUUGUUGAUAUUUUUUUAGUUGUGCUACCUAAUAAGUAUUGCUAAUGUGAUUAUUAUUAUUAUUAUUCACGAUAGGUAUUUGUACAGUAUAAUGUUGUUUUAUUCAUUAGUCUCUUGUAUUUCAAUGUUAAGCUUUUGCUAGUCAAGAAGAAACGUUUAAUGUUGAAAGUUUCUUUAUUACAAAGUUUAUAAACUAUACAGAUAUUUUAUGCUUUUGUUUUUAUAGUAAAUAAAUUUAUUUUUUGUGUA